CGAUUGACGAUUCGAAUCCCCCUCUCGUAGAAGCGGCCGGGCGCUUGGCGGUAGCGGUGGUCCUGCAGGGGCUCAGGCUCGAGUUUAGUUCCCGUUACCGAUUAAAGUCUGAUCCGCUGAACUAUGGCGACCUCGGCGAAACUCAACACCGGUGCAGAAAUGCCGAUUAUCGGCCUGGGAACGUGGAAGUCACGUCCAGGUCAGGUAACCGAAGCUGUGAAAGCUGCCAUAGCUGCAGGCUACAGGCACAUCGAUGGAGCGAUGGUCUACGAUAAUGAGAAGGAGGUGGGAGAGGGCGUUCACACCAUGAUCAAAGAAGGCGUGGUCAAGAGAGAAGAGCUUUUCAUGGUCAGCAAGCUCUGGUGCACCUUCCAUGACAAGUCUGCAGUGAAAGGGGCGUGUCAGAAGACCUUGAGUGACCUGCAGCUGGAUUACCUAGAUCUUUAUCUGGUUCACUGGCCAAUGGGCUUUCAGGCUGGGAAAGAACAGUUUCCUCUGGACAGUGAAGGCCUAACCAUCAGUGAUGACACCCAUUUCCUGGAUACCUGGGAGGGUAUGGAGGAGUUGGUGGACGCUGGGCUGGUCAAGGCCAUCGGCAUCUCCAACUUCAACCGAGAGCAGAUCGAAGCCAUCCUGAACAAGCCGGGCCUCAAGUACAAACCUGCCAACCACCAGAUUGAGUGCCACCCCUACCUGACGCAGGAGAAGCUGAUCGACUUCUGUCAGUCUAAGGGCAUCACAGUGACUGCGUACAGCCCUCUGGGGUCCCCUGACCGACCAUGGGCCAAACCAGAGGACCCUUCGCUGCUGGAGGACCCCAACAUCAAGGCCAUUGCUCAGAAGUACAAUAAGACCACUGCUCAGGUCCUCAUACGCUUCCAAAUCCAGAGAAACGUCAUUGUGAUACCCAAGUCUGUCACUCCCUCACGCAUCCAGGAGAACUUUCAAGUCUUUGACUUCAACAUGACUGAUGAUGAGAUGAAGACCAUUCUAGGCUUCAACAGGAACUUCAGGGUUUGUCCCAUGAACUGGAGUUUGAAGCACAAAGACUAUCCAUUUAAUGCUGAAUAUUGAAGGGGAAGAAACCUCGUUCAAGAUGCUGCCUAAAAAGCUUCGACUCCAGUUCUUUCAGUUUUCUUUACAUUUUCCCCCUAAUGUGUGGUUUUCAUGGCGAUCUGGCCGAGUAAAGGGCGUUUACUCUUCCUUUGGUCUGUGAUGGUGUUUGUGUUUUUCUCCAUGUCUGCAUGUUUUCAUGAAGUAAGAUCUCCAGUGGCCACUUGGUCACAUUAGCACUCCCAUAUACUCCCAUGCAAGAAUAUAUAGAAUUAUAGUUCUAGGAUUUAGAGCUAUUGAAUUGAUUUGAUAUUCAGGUUGAAACACUCCACCAUUUGGUAGGUCUUAACUCCACUCCCAUGAAAAAGAUGUAGUUUACCUUCUGUGUUCCUCCUUAAAAUCUGCCAGAGAAAUCCCAUUAUUUUAAUAUCGUAUACGUUUGGGCGUUUCAGUCCAUCACAGGGCAGACACACACAGUCACUCACACCUAGGGGCAGUUUAGCGUGUCCAGUUGGCCUGUCUGCAUGUCUUUGGGCUGUGGGAGGAAACCGGAGGACACCCACACAGACACGGGGAGAACAUACAGACUCCACGCAGAAAUGAUCCCAGUUGCCCGGCUGGGGAAUCGAACCCAGGCCCUCCUUGCUGUGAGGCGACAGCGCUGCCUACCACGCCACCAUGAAUUACAUAUAAUGAAGAUGCUACUGAACAGGCCGUUUUUGUGCCAUAUUUGUGCUUUAAAAUUUGCAGAAGUGUGUAGACGAUGGACUUUUCUUUUCACUUCGGAAAUCAACAAAACAUGGAAUUCAAGCAGGGGCGUCCAAACUUUUGCGUACGACUGUAGCUAUAACUGAGAAAAGGUAUUUGGAGGUGGUUGUUCCUUUGAAAAGGACGUGAGGUUGUCCGACAGAUGAAGUGGUCGGCCCUUUUCAUGCGUCCUCUGACAAAACGCAGAAAUAAAUGAAAAUAGUUUAUUUUACUAAGAGACACCAGAGCAGAUCAAAGCAAGUGCAGAAACGUUCAGUACAAAUCCAGGUGUUUCUCACCGAGUUUCUGCUGAGAAAGCUGUUGCUGAGGUUCUUUGGUGAGGGUAUGGACGUGGUUUCCCAGUUCCUCAUGUUGUGCUCGUAUGGUUUUUUCCUUCUAACAAAGCACUUAAGAUUAAAGACGUUAUACUUCAAAUGAACCCGUGUUGAGUAUGGCUACGUGACCCCCUGAUGUUUGUUGAACAAAUGAAGCCAAAACAGAUAACAUAUUGCCAAGAAUGCAAAUGAACACUCCCUGUUUUCUGGAACCAUUCAGCUCAUCCAGCUUUGCAAACUGGAAAAACUCAUCUGAGUUCUUGGCUAUAAAAGGCAAGUAGUUAUAUACAAAAUUCAAAAUAAAGCCAGUGCCUUAAUCA